AUGGCUUCUUCUUAUGCAGCUGAUGUCAUGUGGCCCAGGUGGGCAGAACAAGAUAGAGACAGUCCGAAGUCCAACGUCACAGGGCCUGGGCAGUCAGAACACCACCAAGAUUAUGAUGCCCAGUCCCAGGAGGCUGAGUUGGGCAAAGCAAGCCUUAGAGGAUCCCCAAUCUGGUGCUAUGUGGCAUGGGUGUGGCUGACAACUGCUGAGACAAUCUUAGACACCCAGAAGCCCUGGGCAAACCACUUCGAACAAUCAGAAUAUUCACUUGAAAACCUGGCAUGCAGUAUCAUGGACCUCAUUGGUGCAGGAACAAAGACAAUGAGCUCAACAUUGAGAUAUGCUCUCCUCCUUCUGAUUAAGUAUCCACAUGUCACAGCUAAAGUCCAGAAAGAGAUUGACCGUGUGAUUGGCAGACAUCGCAGCCCCUGCAUGCAGGAUAGAAGUCACAUGCCCUACACAGAUGCCAUGAUUCAUGAGGUACAGAGAUUCAUUGACUUUGUCCCGACCAACCUGCCCCAUGCAGUGACCUGUGACAUUAAAUUCAGGAACUACCUCAUCCUGAAGGGAACAAAGGUGUUAACAUCACUGACAUCAGUGCUGCAUGACAGCAAGGAGUUCCCCAACCCAGAGAUGUUUGACCCUGGCCACUUUCUAGAUGAGAAUGGAAACUUUCAGAAAAGUGACUACUUUUUGACUUUCUCAGCAGGAAAACGAGCUUGUGUUGAGGAGGGCCUGACCCACAUGGAGUUGUUUCUAUUCUUGACAACCAUUUUACAGAACUUUAAACUGAAAUCUCUGGUUCAACCAAAGGAGAUUGAUACGAGGCCAGUUCUGAAUGGUUUUGCCUCUCUGCCACCCACUUACCAGCUCUGCUUCAUUCCUUCCUGAAUAGAUCAGGCAUUUUGGCUUCUACUGUGUUGCCUUCUGCAAUCCCCUUCAGGUCUUUAUAUAGUCCCUUCCCUCUAUCAUCCAUCCUGACUCUUGUCUUAAGAUCCAGAAAGCACAUGCAGUUUCUGGAGUUAUAGCACAAAUCCACUUGUAUUAUCUCUUUCAUAUAACAAUUUAUGAUCCCUUGUGUCAUUGUGUAUCCAUUCCUGAGUUAAAAUAAAGCUUCACUAUAAAAUAAUAA